CAAAGCUGCAAAGAGACGAUCGACGAUGUAUACUGUCAUCAUUACUUUAAACGUUGUUUCAUUGAUUCACCGGUUCAAAUUGUUUGCAGAGAAGCAUGUGAGAAAUUUCGGUUGGUCUGCAAGACGUUGCUGGAAUUAGCCUCAUUCUUUCCAGCUCUUAACUGGAUUAACGCUCAUGUCAUAGACUGCACAGUUCUUCCAUCUCGCGAUGAGUCAAGCAUCUGCUACGAUCCUGACAGGAUCAGAGGUUAGUUUACACCAAUGAAGGAUUAGAAAGAAAUACAUAAUUUUAUUUAACCACACAAUAUAAACAGUUGACCACUUAUUCACACUGAAACUGUGCAAGUACAAAAUAAAACUUUUUAGUGCAAAAACUUUGCAACACCACAGUAUUAGACAGCGACCACAAGUGGAAUCUUUUCUAAUACAAAGAGACACACUUAAUCAAACAACUCACAUUUACCGUCCCUCGACAACGGACUAGAAUCCACCAGGGAGCUAUGCCUAUUUAAACACCUAACUUAUAUGCAUUCUAGUCUGAUAAUGGUAUAAAUCUCGUUGAAAAUUACUUUUUGCAGAUUUAGUUUCGUAUGUGUCACCUGAAUAUUAUGACCACAAGCAUAUAUGCUUCUGUUAUGACUAGUGAACAUACCUCCGUUAUAUCUGUCAUUCUCGUCGUACAUAAUAACUAAGACUUAUGAAAUUUAUCCAGCUUCUGUCUAGAAAUGAAAGAAAACCCAAGAAUUUGGGAAUUUCAAAAGACUGCAUAGAGAACUAAAAGACACUCUACUUCUACCAUUGGGUAGAAACGCCCGUAGAGCGUUCAUGUUCGGAAAGCGGGUUUAAACUAGCCUUCGUGUAGGAAACGACUUGAAUAGCUUCAAACGCCACAAUAUAAAUUUAAGAAUAGUAACGAUGAUAAAAUGAAUCAUUUGCACGGUGUAUAUAUCGAUCACAUGUCAGUACUCAAGUUCAAACUUCAAUUCAGUUAAACACCACGAACGCACUUCAUAGGUAGGUGGGUAAUUCUGACCUUCCACAUUCAAAAACAACUUAGCUUUAUAAGCCUCACAUACUAAUAAAUUAUUCUUUCUCUCUUUUAUUUCCAAUUUGAAGAACAAAAAGUUUGGGAGAGUAAAGGUGAGAAAAUCUCCUUUAUAAAUUGAACGGCCAGAUAAACCAUCGCAGUGACUGAGACUCUGCUGAGGGUAUUACGCAUUUCACAGACUACUUCUAGCAACUCACUUUAGAAAACUCAACUCACUAACUUAAUCAGAACUAGCCUCCCGUAUAACGUAGCUAACAAUUCCUGACGAUCUCAUACACAACUAACAUCAGUCCGACUGAUAAAAACGAAAAUUUUACCAACAUUACCCCAGAGAAAGAUAUAGAGUAAUAAAAGACGGAUCGAAACACACCACUACAGCUGAGAGUCCUCACAUGCUCAGCCAGUAACACCACAGCUUAACUGAGAGAUCACUGAAGAACAUCUCGACUACUUAAGCAAUAGACCACACUUUCCAUGGCUUUACCGGUGUGAUAACCCAUGCGGGAUGUUGGGAGAACACCAGAAAAGCUUGUAAAUCACGAGCCGAAGGCGAGUGAUUUACAAACUUUUGGAGUGUUCUCCUAGCAUCCCAAGUGGGUUAUCACGCCGGUAAACCCAUAGAAAUUGUGGUCUAUUGCUUUUAUAAAAUAACUUUAAGUAAAACUUCGAGUUUACCGGCACAAUAAACCAUAGGUUCUUAAAUAAUCAGAACGCGUGUACUAUCUUUUAGGCUGAUUUAGCAACAGAACGGGAACGUCAUUCGACGACGGGAAAGCGCACGGAAAGGACUAAACUCGACUUCCGGUGCCCAAUUUGCCACUCUACCAUUGGUCAACCCAGUUGUUUGAUUUGCGCGCACCGUCGUCAGCCGACGUUCCCGUUCUGUUGCUAAAUCAGCCUAUUUUAAAACAAUCAUAUUAUUCAUUCAAAAUAUUUCCCCAAUUCUGAUUGGCUAAAAGCACACGCAUAAUUCACCAUAACCACUUACUGAUGAUCAAAUUCGGAAGAAUUUUGUGUUUAACGAGGAACUGACGUCAAAACUGCAGCCUUCUUCAGGUUAAUGCACCCUUAACCGAGAAGACCUAGGGACGAGAUUGAGUUGUUUUCGUUGUAAAAACGAAAAUGGCAGACACUUCACUCGUUUCAGGAGUUAAAACUACAGCUGGAACUAGGCGAAAUAAUGGCUAAAAACAUAGCAAAAACAGCAAGAAGACAACUCGGAGGGAGACAUAGCCUGUUCCAGGCGUUCAGAUAGUGGGGAGCGGUGCGAAGUAAAAGGAGCGCGAAAAAAUAAAAGCUACUUUUCAUCGCUUUCUUUACUUCGCACCGCUCUCCACUAUCUGAACGCUUGGAACAGGCUAAGGGAGACAUAGACUAUUUGGAGAAUAUUUACGGAGCUGGACAAACCUAAACGUAAACUAUCGAAGAUAAACCUGGAUAAACUUAACAUCGAUGUAGGUAAGCUUGUUUUCCUAGCUAUGUUUUUAAACUAGGAAUUAUUUUUAAUGAAUAACAAAACAAUCAUUUAAUUCGGCUGUCGUAUAAUAUGAAGAAUUAUGGAGAUCUCGGAGGGUGUUAUCCGCCUCGGCCUACGACCUGGACGGAUAACACCCUCCUCGAUUUCCAUAAUUCUUCAUAAGAUACUCAGCCUCAUUCAUUAAUUGUUAAAUAACCAGAGUUACAAGCAUAUAACUCCGAAGCGUAUAACUUAACUGAAGCGUAUAACCUAAUAUGGAAUCACUCAGAUACGCGAGACGGAGACUGUAGCGCUAGUGUGCGAAAACUUUGAAUCGCGAUGUAAACGAAGCUCUAUAAAAGGCAAUUACAGUUUUACUAAGUACAAUUUGACCAAUAUCGGAAUUCAAAAUGUCCAGGAUUGACUUAACUCCGAACAAGACAAAGCCUACUAAUCAUGAUAAGCAUCUUACGUGCCUGGCUUAACUUGAUACAAACAAAGGGGGUUCCUGCGUAGCGUUUGUGUGUUAAAAGUGGGAAGUUGGUAAGUUAAACGCUGAUAAUUGCACAUAAAACUCCGACGUUUCUGCCUUCCCUGAUGAACGCAGCAUUGCCUAAACGUCGGAGUUUUAUUUGCAGUUAUUUAACAAUUAACUUACCGCCUUCCCACUUUUGGCUUAAGGCCCAUGUUCACCCUAGAUGCAUUGCGCGCCCUGUACUCCAGAAAAAACAUUUCGCGUGGUUGAAAAUCGCUGCCUUUAGUGUGUAAGGUCAAUCUUUGUUAAUCUUCUACAGUUCGCUAAAUCUGGUUUAACAGAAAGUCUCAACAAGUUCUUUUGGUAUUUUUCUUUACAUCUUCUUGGAUAUUUUGGAAAGAUAUCGAGCCUUUUUGUUUCUGUGAGAGUUUGUUUCACUGCAGCACUUUCGAUGGCGGCUCCAUCGAAACGAACGGUUGGAAGCAUAGUUGGAAGACCGCGUCGACGGGGGUCGCCGAAGUACAUUCGUCUCCGUGAAUCCGUUUUUUUAAUCCCUGGAGAGAUGGGAAAGAAACUCUUGGCUGUAAAUUCUACAGACAGCGUGUUUGCCGAGUUCCUUCUACAUCGAAUGUUCAAUUGUAAACAAAGGUCCCGUUGAAAUCAGUUGAAAGCAAAACAAGCGAGUCAAUCUAACAUGAACAAUGCUUUAUUUAAUUUAACCUACGAAGCGAGUGAUAUCCUUAACGUAAACUUCUCGUCUGGCGUAUCACGAUCAAAUCCGGCUCUAAAGUAACGAGAACUCUUAUUAGCAAACCAAUCCUUAGCAAAACCUAAAGAAAGUGUAAUACAGCGACAAGACCGUACGCAGUGCCGAUUCGACGCUUUGCAAACACAACUUCUCGCUUAUUCUUUCGAGCACACAUACCUAAGCUUCCUAAGAAUUAACACAAAAUAAUAGAUUGAGGAAUCAAAACAUUUCACAGUCGAAUCGGGCUUCAGGAAAACCUCACCUGGUGCUUAUUAGACGUUUCGUAAUUUAUGACCUUCAUUGUGUUCAUCGGACUCAACAAAGCAUCCAUAUGCAUUCACUACCAGUUUAAAUUUUGAACUGCUUUCUGCGGUCACAUUUAACCCUGGACAUUUAACGAAGUCGGCGAUAUAUCUUCCUCCAUUUGAAAAAGAAUUAAAAGUCUUACUGGCCUCUCUGAUAAAAAGCUGCAAUUGUAGUCUCCCUGACAGUCGUUUUUAGUAUCGUCACGCAACGCUCCUCACAGUGGAAGCCAAUCAAAACACUGCAUUUGACAAGAGAUUCGUUUCAAAACAAAAACACAAGCGCGCAAAGCCGUUUGGGUGAACAUGGGCCUUUAACUUGAUGUCGAAAGCUAGAGCGUGCUAAAAAGAGUUUGCGUCAACAUUACGCGCCAUUUUUUUUUACCUGAUAGGUUUUAAAGGUUGCUAUCUUAAUAUUAAGAGCAAUGCACUAAGUCCCUUCAGAAUAACUAUAGCAUGUUUUAAAAUGACCACUAGGACGGAAAAUUGUUUAUUGUUUUAUUGUUUAUUGUUUAUUGUUUUGUUUGCCAAAAAUUAUACAAAUAAAAUAAAAUCUAAUUACCUUUGCUUAACUCUCAUGGCGAGGAAGCCCAAGAGAAGCCACCGGGCUUAUAAGGAAUGGGCUCCCUCAGUUAGAUAAUUAGAACAAAAUAUUAUCAUAAUUACACACGGGAAAAUCAAUGGCAGAGCUACAGUAAAUCUUAAAAUAAGUAUAUUAGAUAGUCGUACUAAUCAUAGUUCUAGGCUAAAAAAAGCGAAAUGACAAAAAGAAAAAAACAAAACAAAACAAAACAAAAGAAAAUAAAAGAGCAAAGGAAGAAAAAAAAGAAAGAAAACUACUUAUCGAGCAAGAAGAAUUUUUAGUAUUCGCAAAGAAAAUUAUUUGUACACGCCAUAGUGCAAGUUAGGGCGCGCAAAUGACAACACACACGUGGGCCGACUACCUGUAAAUAUAAAUGUUUUUCAAAAGUAGGUUGAGUUUGAUCGUCCGGGUGAACGUAGUCCUGAAUAGGACUGUUGUUGUUGACAUUGACUGACGUUUCGACAACCUUUGCGGUAGUCAUCUUCAGAGUCAAAGUGAGUUGUAUCACGUCAGUUGAUGGUAUUAAUUAACAAUUAAUGAAUGAGGCUGAGUAUCUUAUGAAGAAUUAUGGAGAUCGAGGAGGGUGUUAUCCGUCAAGGUCAUAGGCCGAGGCGGAUAACACCCCCCGAGAUCUCCAUAAUUCUUCAUAUGAUAAGAAAGCCGAAUUCAAUAAUCGUUUUAUUAUUCAGUCAAAAUAUUUCCUAGUUUAAAAACAUGGCUAAAACAUGCUUACCUCCAUCGAUCCAUCGAUGUUAAGUUCAUCUUCGAUAGUGCACGUUUAGGUUUGUCUAGCUCUGCAAAUAUUCUCCAAAUAGCAGAUGUCGCCCUUCGAGUUGUCUUCUUGCUGUUCUUGCCAUAUUUUUAGUUAUUUUUUCGCCUAGUUCUUACUCUUGAAACGAGUGAAAUGUCCGCCAUUUUUUAAAGUUCACAAGCAAAACAACUCAGCCUCGUCCCCAGGUCUUCUCGGUUAACGGUGCCUUGACCUGCACGAACGCUGCAUUUUUGACGUCAUUUCCUCGUUUAACACAAAAUUCUUCCAAAUUUGGUCAUCAGAAACUGGUUAUGGUGAAUUAUGCGUGAGCUUUUAGCCAAUCAGAAUCGGGGAAAUAUUUUGAAUGAAUAAUAACUCUGGUUAUUGAUCUAAUUGGUCAAUUACGUCGCGAUGUUAUUGGUCGUCUGUCAGUUAAGCCGUGAUGCUCUUGGCUAUGAAGACUCGUAAUCAGUAAUUGGUGCGUUUCGAUCCGUCUAUUGUCACAGUUAAACAGUCGUCUAUUGUUAGCCAAAUUGUCAGUUCUUUAGUCGUUCUCUUGUAGUGUAGUUUUGCUUGAUCUCGUCAAUAAGUCGUUUGUACGGCGCUGGUAACUGUUACCUACGAUUCAGUGGCGUUUGUUCUAAGUUCGUAAACCAGCUUUCUAAGGUAAGACGUUGAUAGUAGUCUGUAGAAUACGUUAUACAUGUCGCACAGUCCCAGUCAAUUUGAUGUUUCGUCUUUAAAUGGUGCUCAGCAAUGUGAUUGUUGACGUCACUAUUCCUCGUAGCUCGUUUGUGUUCGGUCAGUCGCGUUUCUGCCGGUUUCACCAAUGUAAGAAGCCUGGCAGCCGCAGCACGAUCCGGACGAUCAAACUCAACCUACUUUUGAAAUGACUCCUGGGUUCAAACCUUUCACAGUUUUAUAAAUGUUUUUGUUCGUUGAUUAUAUUAUAUCGCAAAUUUAAACGUCUCAACAUAUACUAUUGAGUUGUGGAUGUACUUGGAGAACUGUUAAGGAUUUGAAGAAUUCGUUAUUGCAUGUUAUUGGCUACUCUUUUGACGGGGAUACCUUCAAUUCUCUGAUUCCAUAUUUGGGGUAAAAAAAAGUCUGUGCUUCUGAUUAAUACCAUCAACUACGUGAUACAACUCACUUUGACUCUAAAGAGGCUAUCGCACAGGUUGUCGAAAUGUCAGUCACCGUCAACAACACUCCCAUUUAGGACUACACUCGUUGGGACGUUAAAAUUCAACAUACUUACGACAACUCCACUUUAUCGUUUGACCUGCAGGACGUUAAGAUUACUCUCUCACACUAACAAUAAUUUGUAAAAUUUCCUGUCCAAGACUGUUACUACGGAAACGGGUUUGGCUACCGUGGUAGCAUCAGCACCACCAUUUUAGGUCACACGUGCCAGCCCUGGAUUGCAGUGUAUCCUCAUCUCCACCAGGCGAUCAGGCAACAGAUGUCUGAAGAGAUAAGACAUAGUGGAAACUUUUGCCGCAAUCCAGGAGGUCUCAGUAUAAAAGGGCCAUGGUGUUAUUAUUACAUCACAAACAAAACCUUAAAUUGGAAGCACUGUGAUGUGCCUAAAUGUUCCCCAAAAGGUACGUAUACUGACUUUUUACCUAAACUGACACAUCCAUUUUGGUACCUUUCGAAUCACAGAGUAUCACGGAUGAAACAACUUCUUCAGUGGGUGAGGCACUCUUAUGACUUUAGAUGGUUUAAACGUCGCAACAACAACGAAAUACAACUGCCACAUAGGAAGGUUAAAUUGUAAACCUGGGAUGUGAGUAAGGGUAAAAAAAAAUAUUGAAAAAAAGCUUAUAUCACAAUCAGGACUAAACUUGCUAACAGUUACAAUGUGUUUAUUAGGUCUGCUAGAAUCUAAGACGGAUCCGUAUGACAGUACAGCUCAAAGGCUUUUGGUUGUAUAAUCACGGUUUAAAAUAUUACUCAUGAUCUAAAUACGUACUUUAUUUUUACCCUGGGAAACUCUAUCUCACAGCUGUCUUUCUAACUCUUUAUCACACAGCUCCCUCAAGUCCACCAGCCAAUUUUACGGGUCACAACCUAGGCUCAAGACGUAUUAAACUAUCCUGGGUCAAAGGUCCAAAAUCUCUUCCGUUUGAUAUAAUAGGCUUCCAUUUGGCUUGCAUAAGGCUCCACUCAACAGAAGAAUAUUCGAUUAAUCUGUCACAUGUACAGCUUAAAUGGGUAUUCAAAGGACUGAGAAAAUUCACAAAUUAUAGCUGUCGACUGAGAGCUUACAACAGGUUUGGAAAUGGUACAUGGAGCAAAGAACUGGUGAUUUCAACUGAUGAGGAUGGUAUGUCGCAACUGAUAAAAACGUUCACAGUUACAUUUCUUAGUGAAACUUUUAAACGACUCAGACUGAAGACUUACUGCCUGCCUGCUUGUGAUAAGCUGUGUUUUAGUGCAUAGAAAUUGGUUGCCAUGGGCAGUGACACCAUUUCAUGGAGGCCACCAGCGGGGUAGAAUUUCAGUCUUUUGUGAAGUAGCAAAGUGAAGACAGGGUUCAUGAGACAAUAAAGAGGCGGAGGAAACCUAAGGCGUUUUAAUGAAUAAAACUGCGGUUAUUAGGUGUUUUCCUUUGGUUCGUAGACCGAGGAUCGAUAAACCACAUCCAUGAAACAACAGGCUUAUUCUUUUCCUUCAUAAUUUGACAAUUUAUACUCUUCCUUUUUAUGACGUGCUUGCAAGUAUUAAGCAGUUGUUACUACAGCUGAGUGUUUAUCGUUUUGUGUCGAUGGAAACAUGGCAGCAGAGGGUAUUUUCGUAUAGGUAGCAUUAGAUAAUGUCGGGCGCAGCCAUAUUGGACACCUUAUGAGGUUUAGACAUUGCAUUAUUAUUAUUAACAUAAGGAUACCGAAAAAAGAACCCCGCAGCGAACCUUGUAGAAUUACUUAAAAACAAACAAACAAACAAACAACCUGCAGAUAUGGAGAGAACAUGAUAGAAAGUUAAACACUGAUCUGUACUGGACUGAAAAAUGUUAGUUUUCAAAUAUUGUAAUACGAUACGACAUGUUCUUCAUCUUAUUUAUCAAGCAUGAGACGCAGUGUUUUAUCACCAGAUGAAACACAGAGAAGAGUGUUGAAAAUAAGACGCGCAGCGGAGUAUUUUUGACGACAUCGAGGUGCACGUGUUUCAUCUGGUGAUGAAAUGCUGUGUCGAGUGCUUGCUAUUACUUUCAAACAAAAUGAUUUUAGCAGGAGAAAUUAUGGAAGCACAAAUGAGCAGUUUUUCAUCUGAUUUCCAAACACUCAUUAAACAUUAAUUCCUUGUGUAUUUUCUUCAUGAAUUAUUAAUAAGUUAGAGAAGUAUUUUUACCGAAGGAAACAAGCUGCCUUCAACCAAUGUUACCUAAUGUUAAUCUUUCUGUAUUUACUGUUUUGUUAUAGUUCCAGAUCGUCCUCCGAGUGAAAUAUCGGCGCUUAGCUUAGACAAGAAUUCGGUGCAGCUUGACUGGAGACCAGUCUCCCCGGAACAUACCAAUGGAAUGGUGCUUGGAUACAGAGUGUUUUAUAAUGAAGUUCACAACACGUCACGAGCCGCCAGUAUCAAGCUUGCAGCGGGAGAAACGCGUUUAACUAUUGGUGGAUUGAGACCCAAUACAAACUAUAGCUUCCAGAUACUUGCAUUCACCUCAAAAGGCAACGGUCCUAUCAGUGCAAAAUACUUCGAGAAAACGUUUUCA